AUGCCCCAGCGCACCCGUCGUUUCGCGGAUAUCUUCGUAACUGGUCGGCCGGAACGACUCGACCACCAGGUCCUCACACCAAGGACCCCGCACUCACGUUCAGGUCGUGCUGAAGAAGGACACACGGGAGUUGAGCUAGAGCGUCUUCGUCGCGGUAGUAGCACUGACGAUGAGGACGAAGACGACAAUGAUUCAUUUGGAUCUUCCACCAGUGCGCUGCGCACUGGUUUUACUGUUUCUUCUUCAACGUCCAGCUUUCCGAUGGGUUACAGAAGCAGAGGGGAUGACCACGAAAUUCUCAUCGGACCAUCCGGAUUUCCGACAGUGCAGACACUCGUCCAACGAUUCGUGAUGCUUUCCGGAGUGAUCAUGUCUUGUGGCAUCUUCGUGAUGUUCGUGAAGGCAUUCGAUCAGAUUAGCUUGCAGGCCGCAAUCAACAUGAAACAGAGAAUCUGGCAUGGCUUCGCAGGAACGGGGUUGCCGCCGUCUGGCCGCCUUCUAUCAUAUGCAUCGUACUCUCAUUUUCCUCUUACUGGUGCAGAAUACCGAGCAGAAUGCAACAAGAUCGCGAAUUUCAUGUCAACAGCUAGCUACUGGGACACGCCUUUGGCCGGGCCAUUAGACGUGCUUCAUGUACCUACUGCGCGCAAAGGCGAGCAAAAUGUUUGCUCAAGCACAAUCACGUAUAUGUUGGAUGGGAGCGUAGGGUUAGCUACGGAUUUGGCCCUGAUGGCACAAGUCGCUGGACUGGCACGAGAGCGCAAUAGCACUUUUUUUAUUGAUGAUACAUAUUGGAAUCGCGGAAAAUGGACAGACUACUUCGAAAAUAUACAUAGCUUGUAUAGAGGGCCUCAGCCGGGAUGUCGUGCACCUCCGCCCCAGGAGCUCGUUGCAUGCCCCCGAGUUGCCAGGCACUUGAUCGUGAGUGGCCAGACUGCUUCUUUCCAUCUGAGUCGAAGGUAUAUGGAAGAAUUUGAAGACCAAUCCGCUCACGGAGUCAAUCGCCAGAAGCCCAUUUUCGAUCGUGCUAGACGAUCCGUUGCAGAGGUCAUUCGUCCCAAUGCCCAUAUAUCCACCUUGAUCCAAGCGGCGCGUGCAGAGGUCGCUUCAGUGCUAUCCCUUCAAACCGAGCACGCUUCGCCUUAUGGUUCAGAACCCUACAUCGGCGUCCAUAUACAGGGACGGAACCACUCCACUAUAACGACGCCUGUUUCGAGCAGUUUACCCAUGGCAAAAUUCAUACAAGUAGCUCGUCAUACUUGGUCUCGGUUAUACCCCGCCGUGCCAUUAUCUCUAGUAUCCUCCAGCUCUGCUACAGCAGCUUCACCUGCCCAUUUUCCUAUGCCACCCAUAGCUUAUGUUGCGUCCGACUCACCAGAAGUGAUACGUGAUUAUGUAGCGGCGCUGCCCCCUUCCACGGCAACGUUCUCGCUAGGUUUGAGCACAAAUGCGGAACUGCGCGGGCUCGCACCCCAGCACGGCUAUAUGCCGGAAGACUUCGAUAAGCAAGAUCAAACAGAACGAGUGAGACUCACGCGGGGGGCGAUCGUGGAUCUGGCAUUGCUCAGUGGGCUCUGGGCGGAGACUGGCCAGGUCAUACCUAGUGCGACAAUUUGUGCAGGAAGCUCUAACCUGUGCAAACUUUCCGUACUUGGUCUGGGUUGGAGCAGGAGUUUUGGCCUUCGAAACGACGAACAUUUUUCAGAUGUCAUUAGCGCAGAAAAUCGACGAUGGGUGGAUAUAGAAGAAGGCAACCCGGAUGUUUGGACAGUCUUCACUCUCCCUCCUUGA